UCACAGCAAUAAAGCGCUGCGGAUCAGAGCCGUCCGUAGACUCACGCUUCAACAAUGGGCCGGGUAGCAGCCUCCAGUUUGGUGUUUUUACUCGCCAUUAUCGUGGAUAAAGGGCUCCCCAGUCCCCUGGCAGGGAAAGAAGCCUGGAACUAUGUGGAAGUGAGAGACGGGGCCCAUAUGUUCUGGUGGCUGUACUAUGCUGACAGCCAGUCUGCAGGGUACAAGGACCUGCCCCUGGUCAUGUGGCUGCAGGGUGGACCAGGAGGAUCUGGAAGUGGCUUUGGGAACUUUGAUGAGAUUGGACCUUUGAACAAGGACCUAGAGCCCAGAAAGACGAGCUGGGUGCAGGCAGCCAGUGUGUUAUUCGUGGACAACCCUGUGGGCACUGGCUUCAGCUACACUGACAGGCCGGACGCCUAUGCUACCAACGUGGCCACGGUGGCCUCAGACAUGCUGGUGCUGCUCAAACACUUCUUUACAGAGAGGGCCGAGUUCCAGGGCGUCCCCUUUUACAUCUUCUCUGAGUCAUACGGAGGGAAGAUGGCAGCUGCAAUCUCCCUGGAACUCACCAAGGCCAUAGCACAAGGGACAGUGAAAUGCAACUUUGCUGGUGUGGCACUUGGUGAUUCCUGGAUUUCCCCACUGGACUCUGUCAUGACCUGGGGGCCGUACCUUUACACUACUUCGCUGCUGGAUGAUUACGGCCUGGCGGAGGUCAGCAGUGCAGCGGAGGCGGUGAAGAAAGCCGUGGAGCAGCAGCAGUUUGUGAAAGCCACAGAGCUGUGGUCUGUAGUUGAGACGGUGGUGGAGCAGAACACCAACGGCGUCAACUUCUACAACAUCCUCACCCAGGAACCGGAUGACAAACUGGCCUCUAUAGCGGGAGAAGACUUCAUCUCUCUGCAGACGCGUCGCCAUAUUCGACCCCUCCACAGCCAAUCACUGAGCGAGCUGAUGAAUGGCCCAAUCAGGAAGAAACUGGGCAUCAUCCCCCAGAAUGUCACCUGGGGAGGUCAGGCAGAGGAAGUGUUCAGCAACAUGGCAGGAGACUUUAUGAGGCCGGUGGUGGAUAUCGUCGACCAGCUGCUGACCGCUGGAGUCAACGUCACCGUCUACAAUGGCCAGCUGGAUCUGAUAGUGGACACCAUGGGUCAGGAGCUGUGGGUGAAGCAGCUGAAGUGGGACGGGCUAUCCGGAUUUAACAAGCUGAGGUGGACCGCCCUGGAUGACCCCACCUCCCCGGGCGUUACUGGAGCUUUCUACAAGACUUAUAAGAACUUUUCCUUCUACUGGAUCCUUAAAGCCGGUCACAUGAUUCCCUCAGACCAGGGGCCUAUGGCCUUGCAGAUGCUGAAGAUGAUCAUCCAACAGGACUGAUGCACCCACCCUGAUGCCAGCUGGGAUGGCUCUGACAAUCACAAUGAUCACUUUUUUUAUAUUCCACUUCCUGCUAAACCAAAUCACGAAUCUCAGUUCUCUUUGAUUUCAGCAAUCACCUGCGUAAAGCCAGAACAACAAUAAAGACCAUUUUUCGUUUUUUAA